UCAGACCCUCCAAAGACACAUGUGACCCAUUACCCCAGACCUGAAGGUAAGGUCACCCUGAGGUGCUGGGCCCUGGGAUUCUACCCUGCUGACAUCACCCUGACCUGGAAGAAGGAUGAGGAGGAACUGACCCAGGACAUGGAGAUGGUGGAGACCAGACCUGCAGGGGAUGGAACCUUCCAGAAGUGGGCAGCUGUGGAGGUGCCUAUUGGAGAGGAGCAGAGAUACACAUGCCAUGUGGAGCAUGAGGGUCUGCCUGAGCCCCUCACCCUGAGAUGGGAGCCUCCUCAGUCCACUGUCCCCAUCAUGGCAGUCAUUGCUGUUCUGGUUCUCCUUGGAGCUGUGAUCAUCAUUGGAGCUGUGGUGGCUGUUGUGAGGAAGAGGAAGGGAAAAGCAGGUGGAAAAGGAGGGAACUAUGCUCCAGCUCCAGCUUGAAGACAGCUGCCAGGCAUAGAUGGAGUGACAGACAGUGUGUUCAGGCCUCUCCUGGGACAUCCAGGGCCCCUCAGUGCACCCUCACCAACAGUGUCUGAUGUUCCCUGUGAUCUUAUGGACUCAAUGUGAAGAACUGGGAGCCCAGCCCAGCCCUGCACACCAGGACCCUGUCCCUGCACUGCCUGUGUUCCCUUCCAUGGCCAACCCUCCUGUUCCAGCAGACAGGAGGGGACAUCUCCAUCCUGUCACCUCCAUGCUGGCCUGAGCUGCAACUCCUGACUUUCCCCACUGAAAACAGAGAUCUCAGUUUGAACUUGAUUGUUCACAUCCUUGAUCUGACAGGUUGAUUGGCUGUUAAAUAAAUUAUUGAGAUACUGAGAGUUUGAGGAGGAAAUAAAUGGCAGCAUGGAGAAA